AUGCCCUGUGUACUAACGGUUGGACACACUGCUACUGGUCCCAACACGGCCGCGGAGCGCAUAUUGAUUCGUAUCUUUCAUGAGCUGAAGUUCGGAUCUGGCGUCAAGGGUAUCGACUCGCCCAUGCUAGAUGCUGGAAUGACAUCUAUUGAUUUGAUCCGUCUCAAACGGGAAGCUGAGAAAUCAUUCGAGAUUGAAGAAAUCCCUAUCAUCACUCUCAUGACAAACACCACCAUUCGCUCUCUUGCCGCAGCAAUUGACCGUUUGUGCCAAUGUAAUGGCAGCAUAUCAUACGAUCCAGUCAUUACACUUCAACCGAAGGGUGACCACACUCCUCUGUUCCUUGUCCAUCCCGGUAUCGGCGAGAUGUUGGUAUUUCUUGGAAUGGUCCAGUAUUUCCCAAACCGACCGCUCUAUGCGAUGCGCGCUCGUGGGCUCAAUGAUGGUGAAGAGCCGUUCUCGGACCUCGAAGAGAUCAUCGUUACCUAUCACUGUGCCAUCAAAGCUCGUCAGCCUAGAGGCCCGUAUGCCAUUGCCGGAUACUCAUACGGCAGCAUGCUCGCUUUUGAAGUCGCGAAGGUCCUGGAAUCACAGGGAGACAGAGUCCAGUUUCUGGGAUGCUUCAACCUUCCUCCCCAUAUCAAGACUCGUAUGCGACAGCUCGAUUGGACUGCUGGUAUGGUACACAUUGCGCAAUUUUGCAGUAUCAUUACCGAGCAGCGUUCGGAGGAGCUCCUUGAUGAACUCAGGGCGUUGUCCCACGAAGAGCAAGUCGCUCGGCUCCUUGCAGAGAGCGACGCCCAGCGCUGCGCAGAGCUGGCACUGACCCCCGCUGGCCUCCAGAAUUGGACAGACAUCUCUUGGUCUCUACAGAAGAUUGGCUGGGAGUAUGAGCCUAGCGGAGAAGUUUCACGCAUGGAUAUAUUCUACUGCCAGCCCCUCAAGGAUGUUGCUCGGACUCGCGCCGACUACCACAAACAGCACCUAAAUCACUGGGUCCAUUUCAGUCGUAAUGACCUGAGGUUUUGGGAAGUCAACAGACAGCAUUACACCAUGCUUGGGCCUGAUCAUGUCCCCACGUUUCAGCAAAUUUUGAAAAGUGCAUUGGCUGCGCGAGGGUUGUAG